AUGGAUGUCCUAGGUAAGCAGAAGUGGUUCCCCGAACUCUCCGACGAUGUUGUAGGGGAUUUCCACACGCAUCUGGUGGGAGACAUUGUUGGUGGCUUCUUGACAGGACAGGUCUCUUCGCCACCAGUGAAGGCGUCGCCGCAUUUACACUUGCACCGGUGGGUGGAGCGAUUGACGGGAACGGUCGCCAGGUCUGGGUUAAGAUUGUUGGCUUUCUGUUUAUCAGCGGCUGGAAUCUUUUCUGGACCAGCGGCGAUUUGCCUGUCCAUCAAAUGUGUGCUGAGAAUUCCGUUGAGAUAUAACGAGGACCAGUUGCUCAUUGGUGACGGGGAAGUUCAUGGCGAGCUGGCGUACGCGUUUUCCAUGAUGGAAGACAUGACUCUGACGCGCAUUAUGGCAAACCCAGCAGUGACUCGGAGAAGCGAGCAGGAGUGCUUGACGGUGUUGAUGCUGCAGGGCACUUCGGCAGCGAAGAUCCAAGUGGUAGUGGUACUGGAAGUGGAAACGGCAAAGAGACUAAGCAUGCAUCGGCACAGGGCUUGA